ACGGCUCUCCUCCCACGGGGGCGGGGAAGGAAGAUGGCGGCGCCCAGCAGCCGGUGAGGAGAGAGGACACGGGGGACCCCGGCGGCCGGACUCGUGCGGUAUGGCCGCAUCCCCGCACACUUUCUCCUCACGCCUCCUGACAGGUUGGGUGGGAGGAUGUGUCUGGUAUCUGGAAGGAAGAGCUAUGCAGGAAUCCCCUCGCGAGUUCAUGCGUCUUUUCAGGAGCGUCCGUAAGCAGUGGAUGACAUUUCAACACUUUACCUUCCUCAGGCGCAUGUAUGUCACACAACUGAACAGAAGCCUCAACCAGCAAGUAAAACGGAAGCCAGAACCCACAGUGUCCCCUUUCCUUGAGAGAAGCUCUUUGGCUCAGGCCAAAGCAGAGACCUGUGCAAUGAGACCUCUUCCACCCCCCCACCUACCUUUAUCCAGAAAGCCCAGUGACAAAGAACUGCUGGAACUGGAAUCGGCCUCCGUAAUUGAAGGCUCACUCGAUGUGGGAAGAGAGACCAAGGAUGAAAAGCAGUGGAAAGAGAUGAAACUCCAUCUGGAUGACUUGCCAGGAAUCUUGGCUCGGCUGUCCAAAAUCAAACUCACAGCUCUCGUCGUCAGCACCACCUCGGCUGGAUUUGCGCUGGCCCCGGGACCUUUUGACCUGCCGUGUUUCCUGCUUACUUUUGUGGGAACGGGCCUUGCAUCCUGUGCUGCCAACUCCAUCAAUCAGUUUUUUGAGGUGCCAUUUGAUUCAAACAUGAAUAGGACAAAGAACAGACCUCUGGUUCGUGGACAGAUCAGCCCGUUGCUAGCUGUGUCCUUUGCCACGUGCUGUGCCGUUCCAGGCGUCGCCCUCCUGACCUGGGGGGUGAACCCCCUCACGGGAGCCCUGGGGGUCUUCAACAUCUUCCUGUACACCUGUUGCUAUACCCCGCUGAAGAAGAUCAGCAUCGCCAACACGUGGGUCGGAGCCGUCGUCGGGGCCAUCCCGCCUGUCAUGGGCUGGACGGCAGCGACCGGCAGCCUGGACGCCGGAGCGUUUCUCCUGGGAGGGAUCCUCUACUCCUGGCAGUUCCCCCACUUCAACGCCCUGAGCUGGGGCCUCCGUGAAGACUACUCCCGCGGCGGCUACUGCAUGAUGUCGGUCACCCACCCGGCCCUGUGCCGGCGCGUCGCCCUGCGCCACUGCCUGGCCUUGAUCGGACUGUCCGCCGCCGCCCCCGUCCUGGAUGUCACCACGUGGACCUUCCCCGCCAUCUCCCUCCCCAUCAACCUGUAUAUUUCCUACCUCGGCUUCCGGUUCUACGUCGACGCGGACCGGAAGAGCUCCCGGAAGCUGUUCUUCUGCAGCCUCUGGCACCUGCCCCUCUUUCUGCUGCUCAUGCUCACCUGCAAGCGGCCGCCAGGGGCGACCUGUGCCGGGGGGGAGCCUCGGGGUUGACCCCACGUGGGCGCGUGGGGAAACAAAAACAAAAAAACGUACAGGGAGACGCACUUUUUUUUUUUUUGUUUUUUUUUUUUUUGUUUUUGUCCUUUGCGGUGAGACCAGAAUAUUUUGUCAAUUCUAGAAGCGGAGAAGGGAAAUUGCCCGGUUCAGUAGGAGAUUGUAAAAUGAUUUGAUGCUCCGUGAUCACGCGACGUUUUUUUUAAUGGUAGCAUCCAAGAUGCGCCCCAAAUGAGAAAUGGGUUGGCUCAGGUGAUUAAUAAUACAGAGAGAGUAUUUUUCUCUUUAAGAGUCUUUGUAGAUUUCUUCCUCUAACCCCCGACGGCCCCCUCCCCGUUGAUUUUCUUCUUUGCGGGGAGGUACAGGUCCACGUCUUCCUUUUCUAGCCACACACACACACGCACGCACACACUCACAGACACACACACACACUCCCGGCCCGCCAGUCGGAAUGCUCCCUGGUGACCAGACGCGUUGAUCAGGAGUACUCGGUCUGGAGUUUCUGUGUCCUCAGGUCCCCGGAGGGCCACGUCGGAGGAAGUGCGCCCUGCCGGCCCUCCCCGUGAAAGAGCCAGGGCCCCCAGUCCAGCUUUCUCACAUAUAUUCUCAACCGCAUACUCCCCCAAACAAUAAUAGAACCCGAAGGGUGUGCUGCCGGCCCAUCGCGAAGGGAGAAUUCCAAACGGUUGCCUAGGGGACCCCAGACGGGACUGCCAGCGCCUGGUCCACCCCCGUUACGUAUCAGCAUUUCAAAAACUCCAAGGAAUCAAAGGCAUCUUUAUAUAGUUCACUUGAAAAUACAGGAGGUGUCUGAAGCGUUUUCUUUCUGGAAGGGUGGCGCUAAACUUCAUACCAGCCAUCCGGCGGGCCCUGACCCCUUCGUGUCCCCCAUCAGCCGCCGGUUUGCUGUGCGGCUUCUCAAGGCCGAUGGAGAAGGGAAAACAAACAAACAAACAAAAACGUGAGUAGGCCUAGCCAGCCACAGAGCUCAUGUUCGCGUCCCUUCAGUGGAAAACGCCGUUCUCUCCCGGGAUCUUCUGAACUCAGAAAUCAGCGUCCAUACAUCCGGUGGCCAGAAGCUCGGGUCCGACUCUGGGCAGGGAUGCGUCCGUCCUGGGAGUUGUGCGAGCUAACCUGUAGCCAGGCACGUGUGGUCCCUUCCAUCCGCCCGUCCUUUACAUAUGGUCCUUGUCCGCUGUCGAAUCCCACUUGCCUGAAGGUCUCGAUGCUUAACGGGGUGUUUUCCUUGCUCAGUCUGUGGGGGCACUGCUGGGAUUCAUCGUGGGGAGUAUUUAAGGCGACAUUUAAACAGUCACUGCAGCCUGCCUGUUCUCAAAAUUGUCUAAAGCGACUGCCGAGAACAUGUGACCCCUGUUUCUACUUCUGUGCGGUAUUACCUCCCGGCUGUAUCCGGGUCCUUUCCUGUGGGGAACGUGGCAUAGGAAUGUCUGCAAAGAACGUCUACGCCCUGUUGCAGCCCUCGGGUUUGUAAAAUGCCUCCAUUCUCUCCUGCUGCAAUAAACCAGUAGGUGAGAACAGCA